ACCGACGCGACGAAGUCGGCUGCGGUGGCGCUAGUUGCUCGGCGCGUUGGCCCCUGAAUGAGGGCGGGCGGCGCCGUCGGAGGUUGCGGCCUUGGAGCAUGCGCCCGGCGCCGCGACCUGGCUAUGGUAGGCUCGGUCGCCGUCCCGCUUUGAUGUGGAGAAAAGCGCGGGCAGCCUCCCACCCUGCGGCCGGGCGCAUGCUCGCAGGCAGGCCGGGGGAACGCCAUGAACGUUCAACGGCGACGCCCCCUCGGCCAAGCGAGCUGGUACGUACGUAGCGCCCGGGCCCCUCUUUCCUCUGCAAGGAAGAACAGACUCCCGCUUCGUGGAACGCCUACGCCGGGAAGGAUCCUUUCAUCGGGAGCGGCGCCGAGGAGAUGGCUCUCCCGGAGAAAGAGAUCGAGAGGGCUUGGCGCGACGCAACGCGCGUGGCGUCGGAGAGCGCGCAAAUGCGCGCAAGGUUCCGACUCUUGCAUCUCACGCGGCAGGUCGACAAAACGGCCCCGCCCGCGCCAGAUAUGCCGCGCGCCCUGUUUCCCACGCGCGCCGCGGCCAUUCCCGGCCCGCCGCCCCAAGAACA